GAAAAAUCCUUGAAAAAUUACAUCAUGUGUAAGAUUUUCAACACUAUCGGCGAAAACAAUGAGUGUUUAUUAGAACAAUCCGAAUUGGCGGGAAAGUGGUUCCAAAUUCUGUCCAUGUUUUCAAUGGGUGUUGUAGCUACGAUGCUAGUUUGGACCAAAUCAGCUGUCCAAUCCUGGAAAAAUCUCUUCAGCUCGUUUUUUGGAAAAGAAAUAAAGGAGGAAAAUAAACUUGUCCUUUUUAUUGACUUUGAUGCAUUAGACGCUGAAGUUCAACGUCUCGAGAUGAAGGAAAAGUCCGACGAUCCGGAAAAGCAGCAACUGGAAACUAAAAAUUAGUUAAAUAAUUUAUUUUUUUAAUAUUGAUCUCUUUUUUAUUUAAUGUAAUUAA